AUGUUCUCCAGAUUUAACACCGGUCAGAAACUGUUAGUUUCGGUAUUAAUUCUUUCAUUAAUUGCUUUCCUAACUCAUACUGACCAUUUUAUGACAAGUCUAGAAGAGUUGGAGACUAGCCCAGAGUGUCAGUGUGUAUCCAAGAGAACUGGAAAAUCGCACAAUUUCUGUUAUCCGGAGCCUAGGAAUCCCGGUUGGUAUGGGAAGAAAUUUAACUGCUCAUUUGUAGAAACGUUAGAAGAUUUGAAUCUUCUGGAUGAUCUUCCUGGUAACGCUAUUACUCUCAAGGAAGCAAUUUCCAACAAGGAUGCCUUGGUUUUCGUUUCUGCAACUUCAGAGGAUCAUUUCGGAAUCAGCAUGAGAUCUUAUCAAGCUGUUCGAAAAUAUUAUCCCAACCACAAAUAUGUGCUUUUUGGUCUGAAUAUCAGCGAAGAAUCGAUUGGCAAGCUUCCAAAGUCGGAUCUUAAUUUUGAGUUUCGAGAAUUCGACACGAGUCCUUAUCCGGAAUAUGUGACGAAUUUUAAAAGGUAUCAUUUCAAAGGAUUGGUUAUGGCAGAAGCAAUGAGAGACUAUCCGGUUCUAUGGUGGAUCGAUGCUCAUAUUGAAAUGAUCGAGCCAAAUGUGAUUGAGAAUUUGUUUGAGGAAAUUUCGAAUAAUCGAAUGUCAAAAAGAUAUUCAGAGUUGAUAUCGUUCGUCUUUAGUAGACACAACAAUUAUGCUGUAUUACAUUUAGAGCUCCUUCACUAUUUCCCAUUUCAUUCUUUUGAUCUUCUUAAAAGCGAAAUGCAACUUGGAUCGGGUAUCAUAUUUGUACCCCGAACAAAGUACAAUAAGAAAAUUGUAAAAUGGUGGGUGUUAUGUUCUCUGACUGAUGAAUGUAUAAACCCUCCCGGGUCCAAACAAGCAUGCGAAUUUGAUGCAAAGCAUUGGGGCAACUAUGGAAACUGUUUUAGAUACGACCAAUCUGUGCUCAACAUUUUACUAUUGAACGACUUCCUAGACCAUCAAAAGUAUUAUAUGAAGAAAUUGGAGCCAUCGUUCAGUAGGAUGGAUUGA